AUUCUGAGGGACUAAUUGACCUUAAGAGCUGUUUCGGGCCAACGUAUUGUGGUCAGUAGCUCUGAUAGAGAGGGCUGCAAUAAACUAAGGCCUUGAGGAAAGUAUCGUUGUGAUCACGGUGAAAUAGUUCAUUGUCGUCAGGCUCAGUUACUGUCAUUGCUUGUGACAUUACCCUUAUUUGGUUUUCUCCGGAGACAAUGAUGUAUCAGGUUACUAUGAGUCCCAAGGCCAAAAUGAGCCAGAUCAAAAAUUUUUUCAAGAGGAAGAAGAAAUCGGAUAUUUCUCCACCAGAGUCCACUAUCAGUGAGAUAUCUGCGCCGUUUGAGUUUAAACACAACUUCCACGUGGGGUUUAAUCAGGACAAGGGCAGCUUUGAGGGAUUACCGCCUGCCUGGGACCAAUGGCUUCAGCACUCAAAAAUCAGCAAAGAAGAACAGAAACAGAAUCCAGAUGCUGUGGUGAAAGCUUUGGAAUUCUACAAUGAGUCAGUGCGGAGGCCUUUUGAAGAUCAGCAGAAAUUCAUUGAGUUGGAGAGGGCAGAUUCACAAGAGGAGCUCGAUGAGAGAUCUUCCAAUGAAUCCAGGACACCAAGGACAUCAGCCUCUGGCAGUGACGAAGGACAGGAAAAUGAAAAGCCUUCAUUACCCCCUGCAGAGCCUCCUCUAGAGGAGGACGAUGAAGAGUUAUAUGUGAACACAGUGAUAGCUAAGAAACAGGCACAAGAAGAGCCUGCCCCAGCAUUGCCAGAUAAAAAGAAGAACAAAGAAGACAUAGACCAAGUCAACCAGAACCUAGAAGAUGCUAAAUUAGAAGAUGGAGAAACAGAAAAGACCAAAGAGGUUGAAAAACCUGUUCCCCAAAAGCGAGAAAAGAAGAAGUCGGUGAAACAGAAGAAAAAGAUGACUGAUGCCGAGAUCAUGGAUGCACUAAGAUCAAGGAAGCUUGCCAACUGCUCUGUUGACCCACAGAAAAGAUACCAGGUGGAUAAAAAAGUUGGCUCAGGGGCGUCUGGUACAGUAUGUGUGGCCAAGGACAUUGAGACGGGAGAGGCCGUGGCCAUUAAGAUGAUGGACUUAGAGAACCAACCAAAGAAAGAACUCAUCAUCACAGAAAUUGAGGUUAUGAAGGCCAAGCGGCACCCCAAUAUCGUCAACUUCCUUGAUUGUUUCCUUGUGGAGGGAGAAUUAUGGGUAGUCAUGGAGUACCUUGAAGGAGGGGCUCUUACAGAUGUUGUCACAGAGACGGUGAUGGACGAGGGUCAAAUGGCUGCAGUGUCCAAGGCUUGCCUCGAGGCUCUUGCUUUUCUUCAUUCUAAGAAUAUUAUUCACAGAGACAUCAAAAGUGACAAUGUAUUGUUAGGAGAUAAUGGAGAUGUCAAGCUGACCGAUUUUGGCUUCUGUGCACAGAUCACGGCAGAGCAGAAUAAACGUAACACCAUGGUGGGGACACCAUAUUGGAUGGCUCCCGAAGUUGUGACAAGAAAACAGUAUGGUAACAAGGUAGACGUUUGGUCCCUAGGCAUCAUGGUGAUAGAAAUGAUCGAAGGCGAGCCGCCAUAUUUGAACGAGACUCCACUUAGGGCAUUGUACUUAAUAGCAACCAAUGGAAAACCAGAGAUUAAAAAUAGCUCUAAACUCUCCUCAGAACUUAUCAGUUUUCUAGACAGGUGUUUGGAGGUUGAUGUAGACAAGAGAGCUUCCACCGAGGAACUUUUGGAGCAUCCAUUUUUAAAGAAAGCCAAACCACUGGUGACUCUGAAACCUUUAAUUGCUGCAGCCAAGGAAGCUUCCAAAUAAGGAUAUUAUAUACAGUUAUCUUAAUUACAUACUAGUGUUUAUAUUCAUGACAAUUUGUACAGCAAAGUUACUGUGCACCAGUGUACAAUAAGAGAUUCAGUACACACUUUAUUCCUCACAAUACACUGUCUGGUUUAUACAAUUCUGGCUGUCUGGAUUCUGUUCUGUAUGCUGCACAGUAUUACCACACCCACCAUAUGUAUUGUAUACACAGUGUGCAUAGCGUAUAUCAUAUACUGUAUUGAAUACAGGGUGUAUAGAGUGUAUGUGGUGUUGAUGUACAUAUAAGAAACGGCUACAGUUUGUGCUGUAUUUUGCACAUAUAAAGUAUCCACCAAAUAUAUGCUGUACAGCUCACACGCAUCAAAGCUAUACAACAGUGUUGUAUUGUUUUAGAAUAUGUUAUCCAUAUGCAGACAACAUAAACAAAGUCCCAUGUGUCUGCUGUGACUGUCACACAUCUUGCAGGCAGGAAAGGGUGACACGAGUAUUCAGUAGGUUAAGACAGGACCAAGUGGGAAAAAGACAGGUGUUAAAGAAUUCAGUGGCGAUGUAAAGUUAACAGAGACUGAUGUUCCUUUAACAUUGACCCAAAUGUUAUUUUGUGGAUUGCACUGCUCUGUGUAGGGUUACCCUGAUAUCUUGAUAAAAAUGAGCCAAUUUCAUUCAGAAAAAAAAAAGAACAUUCAAAAAGGGGGAGAAUGUUAGACCUAAAGGAAAAUGGUUACCAUCGGGAACUGGCAGACGGAACAGGAGAAUUCUGGGUAGCCACAGGUCUUCUCAAGAUCAGCUCAGGAAUGAUACAACUUGUAUUAUACAGACCACAUAGGAACUCAUAAUGUGACUUCCAAAUUUAAAGUAUAUCUGUAGUGUGAUUGGGCUGUCAAAUGACAUCAGUUACACUAGUUGGGAUGAAAGCUUGGCCUGUUCAGUGAACCUGUAGUAUAAUAUUAACACUUCCAAGGAAAUAGUCCAGAUUCCUUCAAACUCUGAUGUUAUCCACUUGGAUCGAAAGAGUACUUAAAAGUUUUAUUUGUGAUUUACAACAUUUUUUAGCUAGCAUAUUAUAAGCAUUGUUGAAAUAUGUAAUUAAAAGGCUUUGAUAAAUGAGAUGAUACAGGCUGAUAAAAAGAUUGUGGUAAUUUACCAACAUUAGAUAUAUAAUAACCGUUCCUCCAAAAUGUAGUUUGUGUGCAACUGAAUUUGACCAGAAAAUUCCUAAUUUUGAGGUGGGCUCAAGUCAGAUUUUUUUGUCCUUAUCUAAAAUGAUGAAGCUUGAAAUAAUGAAAUAUUUCAAACACAUGGUGUUUUGAAAAUUGAAAGAUAUGUCAGUUCUUAAUUUUGACAAAU